GGCCCUUUGGGGUCUUCAGCUCUCCGGAGAGUUUGAUUGCCCCAGCGAGUUUUGCCAGGGAAGGGGAGGGGCUAAGGGGCGUGGGCAAGGCAGAGGAAGAGGCCUGAGCCCGGGCCCCGGGACGGAUUUUACCGCUGAGUUGUGACGGCGGCGGCGGCGGCGGGCUUGAGCCACCUGUCCGAGUGCCACCUGGUGAGCGCGGCUCAGCGGAGCCAAGCCCCUCCUCCCGUGAGCCUUCCCUGCUCCUCGUCUCCCCAGGCUCUCACUGCGCCCAGCUGCCUAGUCCCGGGCCCCCGAGCUUGCUGACCCGCAUUUCCACCAGUUUUCCUUCUCUCGCAGAUCUCCGCCUGGCUGGGGCUGAGCCAAAACUCAGAGUGACGGUGGGCUGACAGCGGCGCCAGAGACCCUUAGAGUGGAGUGGGGAGCGCGCCAGACCACUAUGCCGCGUUCGUUCCUUGUCAAGAGCAAGAAGGCUCACAGUUACCACCAGCCGCGCUCCCCGGAAUCCAACUAUUCCCCCCGCCUGGAGAAUGUACUGGCGCCAGACGGAGCAGACAGUACCUCGAUCGCAGGCGGGGCGAAGGCUGAGCCCCGGGGCCGUUUGUCCCCCGAGUCGCAGCUGACCGAGGCCCCCGACAGAAUUUCCGCAUCCCCUGGCAGCUGUGAAGGCAGCGUCUGCGAUCGCAGCUCGGAGUUUGGGGACUUCUGGAGGCCUCCGUCGCCCUCCGUGUCUCCAGCCUCGGAGAAGUCGGUGUGCCAGUCUCUGGACGAAGUUCAGCCCUUCCCCCUGCCCUUCAAGCCCUACUCCUGGAGCAGCCUGGCGGGAUCUGACCUGCGACAGCUGGUGCAGAGCUACCGGCCGUGCGCCGCACUGGAGCGCGGCACGGGCUUGGGCCUCUUCUGCGAGCGCACGCCGGAGCCAGGCCACCCCGCUGCACUGUACGGCCCGGAGCGGACUGCGGGCGGCGCGGGGGCAGGGGCACCUGGCGCAGGCGGCGCAGGAGGCGGCGCCACGGGUGGUGCAGGCCUGGGGCUCUAUGGCGACUUCGGGCCCGCGGGAGCAGGGUUGUACGACCGGCCGCCGCCGGCGGGUGGGCUGUACUCGGAGCGCGGCCACGGGCUGCACGCGGACAAGGGCACCGGCGUCAAGGUGGACUCGGAGCUGCUGUGCACCCGCCUGCUACUGGGCGGCAGCUCCUACAAGUGCAUCAAAUGCAGCAAGGUGAGGAUUCCGCGCGCCCGGUUCGGCCCACCCCGCGCCCGCGCCCGCGCCCCUGGCUGGCGCGCCCGCGGCCCCUCUCAGCGGCCUUCUACCCGGCCCCACCCGCCUCAGGUGUUCUCCACGCCGCACGGGCUGGAGGUGCACGUGCGCAGGUCCCACAGCGGCACGAGACCCUUUGCCUGCGAGAUGUGCGGCAAGACCUUCGGGCACGCGGUGAGCCUGGAGCAGCACAAAGCCGUGCACUCGCAGGAACGAAGUUUUGACUGUAAGAUCUGUGGCAAGAGCUUCAAGAGGUCAUCAACACUGUCCACACACCUGCUCAUCCACUCAGACACUCGGCCCUACCCCUGUCAGUACUGUGGCAAGAGGUUCCACCAGAAGUCAGACAUGAAGAAACACACCUUCAUACACACUGGUGAGAAGCCCCACAAGUGCCAGGUGUGUGGCAAGGCCUUCAGCCAGAGCUCCAACCUCAUCACCCACAGCCGCAAGCACACAGGGUUCAAACCCUUCGGCUGUGACCUGUGUGGGAAGGGCUUCCAGAGGAAGGUGGACCUCAGGCGGCACCGGGAGACGCAGCAUGGCCUCAAGUGAGAGCCCUGGCUGGCCACCAGCAGCAGUCACACAACACUACGGAGGGCAGCCUCCCCAUCGCCACCACCUGCUUCUGACUUCUCGGGCCCCCAGCCCAGGCGGCAAAGUCCUCCCGGUAACCCCUUCACCCUACUUCCUGGAGCUGCCAGAGGAGAUGAGUUUAUCUUUUCCAAGUUCAGCCUGGAGCUGGAACCAAAGGACUCGCUGGGCUUUGGACAUAUCGAGUAGGCUCCUCUGAAGACUUGAAGUCAAGAGGGAAUCAGAUAAAAUCUUGUGCCCCACAGUCCUUCCCAUUCCCAGCCCUGCUCCACAGACAGGAAAGUUCUUUCGGUUUCUUCCCUCCUCCUGACUUGCCCUGGAUACUUGUGUGGAAGAGGAAUCUCCUUUUACGAGGUAGAAGCAUGCUAAUAUUGCUUUUUUUUAUCUAGAAUGAAGAGUAAGUGUUAUUUUUAAUUUUUCCCUUCUGGGGAGUCUGUCAAUCCCUUUCUGUUGGGUGCUGCCUGUAAAUCUUGGAGGAAUUUUCUCCCACUUGAAAACUAGUUCAGAAACUGAUUUGGGGAAGGAGUUUCAUACUUUUGAAAUUACAAGAUACACUGUUGAGGCUGCCCCAAGAUGGGGCUGAAGAAAAGUGGACUUAGUGAUGAGAGGAGGUUAGAGGUUCUACCUGCAGGAGGCCUGGGAAGGCUUCAUCAGAGGAAGUAGAAGCACAAGCAAGAUGACAAGAUGUCAUCCUCAGCAACUGUUUAUUGACCACCGGUUACCAUGGUACCAGGCCUUUAUGCUAGGUACUGGGGAGCCAGAGAUGAAAGUCACAGCCCUGCCUCUACCCUUCAAAAGCUAAUAGGCAGCUCCAAGUGGUUGGGUCUGUUCUUUCCUUCCAGAGGGAUUUCAAAAAGAGAAAAGAGAAUCUUGAACCUUCCCUUCUGACCCGUUUGGAUUUUAUCAAGCAUAAACAAAAAGUAGCUGAACAGUUACUUUGAGAAUUUGUGUGUAUAUUCAGUUUUUUAUGUUCAGCUGAUACUUUUAAGAUGUCUAGGCUACCAGGUAUGUGGGAGUAAAGGCUCUGUCUUCAACUCUUUGACCCUCCAUGUGUACCAUAGAGGGAAAAAAAAAAAGUUUUUUACUUUGAUGAGGUUUGUAAAUGUUUUUAGAUAUUCUGCAGUGCAUUGUUUGUUAAUACAUAUUUAUUAGAGUGAUGUUUUAAGUUAAUAAAGUAUUAAGAAUCUUAACUACUACUUUUUAUUUA